AUGGUUAGACUGGGCGUGUUUGUCUGGGGAAGGAUGGAAAACAACACUAUGCGGUUAGAGGGGUGUGGGGCAUACGCCUUGCAGCUUGCGCUAAUAGUUGGAGGUGUGUAUGGAGCGUGUGUGGAUACGGGUGUGUUUGGAGGAAGUGUGUUAACAGCCUUAGUUGAGAAGGUUAGCAUGUGUCUGUUGGUUGAUGAGGUGGAGUUGUGUGGGUUGGUGUUAGUGUUUGUUGUAGUGGAGAGGGAGGAGGCAGCAUGCACGGCGUAG